UGACCCCCCUUCGCCCACACGCCCGACUCGUGCUCGCCACGGCCGCACCACCCCCCAAUCCCCUCUAUUGACCUCAAGGUGUUCGACCGCGCGCGCCGCCAUGGCCUCCAUCUCCGCCGCCGCCAAGGCCACCUCCGCCGCCUUCGCGCACAAGAAGGAGCUCGCCGCGGCGGCGCCGCAGCAGCAGCGCUUGAGCGCGGGCGCCAGUAGCCGGCGCGCGCGGGCCGGGCGCGUACGCGCGGUCGCGACGCCGACCCGCGCGCCGCGCUCCCCCGCGUCCACCGGCUCGGUGAAGAGCCCGAUGACGACGACGGAGAAGAUCCUGGCGCGGGCGUCGGAGCGCGCGAGCCUGGAGCCCGGGGAGAACGUGUGGGUGGACGUGGACGUGCUCAUGACGCACGACGUCUGCGGCCCCGGCACCAUCGGAAUCUUCAAGCAGGAGUUCGGGGAGGACGCCAAGGUGUGGGACCGCGAGAAGGUCGUCAUCAUCCCCGACCACUACAUCUUCACCAGCGACGAGCGGGCCAACCGGAACGUCGACAUCCUCAGGGACUUCUGCGAGGAGCAGAAGAUCAAGUACUUUUACGACAUCAAGGACCUCAGCGACUUCAGAGCAAAUCCGGACUACAAAGGUGUUUGCCACAUUGCGCUCGCCCAAGAAGGUCACUGCCGACCAGGCGAGGUUCUCCUUGGUACUGAUUCUCAUACCUGCAAUGCUGGAGCCUUUGGUCAGUUUGCAACUGGGAUUGGAAACACUGAUGCAGGUUUUGUGAUGGGAACUGGAAAGGCUCUUCUCAAGGUGCCCCCAACCAUCAGGUUUGUAUUAGAUGGAGAAAUGCCACCUUAUUUACUCGCUAAGGAUCUGAUUUUACAAAUUAUUGGCGAGAUAUCUGUAUCUGGUGCAACAUACAGAUCGAUGGAGUUUGUUGGAUCAACAAUAGAAAGUCUAACUAUGGAAGAAAGAAUGACACUGUGCAACAUGGUUAUCGAAGCUGGUGGAAAGAAUGGUGUUGUGCCUGCUGAUGAAACUACAUUUAAGUACCUUGAGGGUAAGACAUCGGUUGAAUAUGAGCCUGUCUAUAGUGAUGCUCAGGCCAGAUUUUACAGUGACUACCGGUUUGAUGUAUCUAAAUUAGAGCCAGUAGUUGCAAAGCCACAUUCCCCUGACAACCGUGCUCUAGCAAGAGAAUGCAAGGAUGUCAAGAUUGACCGAGUCUAUAUUGGUUCUUGCACUGGUGGUAAGACCGAGGACUUUAUUGCUGCUGCAAAGGUGUUCUUAGCUUCGGGCAAGAAGGUUAAGGUUCCCACUUUUCUCGUCCCUGCGACACAAAAGGUGUGGAUGGAUGUGUAUAGCCUCCCUGUACCAGGAUCUGGUGGCAAAACAUGUUCCCAGAUUUUUGAAGAGGCUGGUUGUGAUACACCAGCUAGUCCUAAUUGUGGUGCUUGUUUGGGUGGUCCUCGUGAUACAUAUGCGCGGAUGAAUGAACCUACGGUCUGUGUAUCAACGACGAACAGGAACUUCCCUGGCAGGAUGGGCCACAAGGAAGGGCAGAUCUACCUGGCUUCACCCUUCACCGCGGCGGCCUCGGCGUUGACGGGUUAUGUCACGGACCCCAGGGACUUCCUGUCAUAGAGAUCUCGAAAACAAUGAAUUUGUGUUGCGGACUGUCCUGUACUGUACUUUUUAUUCGUGUUUGAAACUGUAGUUUAGAUGUGUCA